AUGAAGGCUGUUAAAAAGGUGUCGAAUUCUAAGAACUCCGCCACCGGGCAAAAGUCCAAGUUCCUAUUGGACUGCACUGCACCUGCCAACGACAACAUCAUCAACCCCUCCGGAUUGGAGAAAUUUUUGCAAGAUCGCAUCAAGGUUGAUGGAAAGACUGGCAACUUGGGUACCAGUAUCAGUGUGACCAGGGAAAAGAACAAGAUUCACAUCGUUGCGGACAUUCCCUUUUCCAAACGCUAUAUCAAGGCUAACGGUGCCCAGUUGUUAAACAGCAACAAAAUGGAGGUCGCAAAAACGCAUGGUUACUCAGUUUUGUUGCGUAAUUUAAGGUACACAACCAGUGAACAGGAUGUCAAGGAAGUAUUCGAGCGUUUUGGAAAAAUCCGCGAUGUGUACCUUCCUCUCGACUUCAACACCAAACGCCCCCGUGGAUUUGGUUUCGUUGAGUUUUAUCAGGAAGAGGAUGCUAUUUAUGCUGUAAAAACUAUGGAUAACGCAACAAUGGACGGAAACGUGAUCACCUGCUGCUUGGCGCAAGACCGACGCAAGUCGCCGAACUCCAUGAGAAAGGCCUACAGUAAUGCCGCACCUCCCAGGAGGUAUGAGUUUUCACCGCCAAACGCCCGCGAUACGCACCGUACCGACUACUGCCCGAGGCCACGCUCGCGCAGUAGAAGCCCUGGCUCGCGGUACGUCCGACGCUCAUCUAGCUACGACCGUAGGUACUCUCCGCAUAGGGAGGAGCAUCCGUAUUACGCAAGACACGAACAGGAACACUCUCCACAUCGGUAUCAUCGCCACUACCCAAAGUACCCGAGGGAUCAUGGAGAUUACAGAGACUACAGGGAACACGGUCGACACAGAGAAUACGGAGAAAACGUUGAGCAUAGGGAAUAUAUGGAGAGUAGAGAGCACAGGUCAGAAGAACUCGGGCGUGACGAUAGACGAUACCCCGAUAGACCUCACCAUGUCGUUUACCCUGGCCCCCCGUACGAUCACAGGCGGUCGCCGCCUAGGAGGCACGAGCCACCACACCCAAAUAUGAUUCCCCCGGAGAUCCAUGAUAUGCGCCUGAGGAGGUCUACGCACUAA